AGCAGCUACCCUUUUCUCUGCCUUAUUGAUCCCAGUUGAUCAGAGAGACAUUGCAAAGGCACAGGAACUCGUGCAGUAACAAGAGGAGCACACAGCCAGAGCUUACGCACUCGGCUCACAUUGCUGAGUCUACAGGUUAUGAUAUAUGAUCUAGUGCCUGUUCACAUUUUGAACUGGAGCCAUCUUUCCAGAGGGAUAGUUUAUUGACCCCAGUGCAUGGCAACAAUAAAGAUAAGCCGACAUAGCGACACUGCAGAGAGCUCCGAGACAGGACAAGCAUGAACCCCAACUCCUCUGUUCUCAAUGGAACCGUGGAUAUUGUGAACGAAGGGCAUCUCAACGGGACCGUAGGGGACUCGAGUGGAACAGAAGAGGGUAAAUCCUUUAACAUGAUGCCAGAGGUGGAGAUGUGCCAGUCUGUUCUACCCUGCCAUGCUAACCACAAGGGUGGGCUGAGUGCUGGGCAGCUCCUGAAGUGGAUCGACAUCAUUGCAUGCCUGGCAGCGGAGAAGCACGCUGGGCUGCCCUGUGUUACUGCGUCGGUAGACGAUAUCCAGUUUGAAGAGACUGUGAGGGUUGGACAGAUUAUCAACAUCAAAGCUAAAGUGAACAGAGCUUUCAAUACGAGCAUGGAGGUGGGAAUACGAGUUGUGGUGCAGGAUGUUCUUACUGGGGUCCUGAAGAGAGUCUGUGUGGCCUAUUCCACAUUCGUAGCGAAAGCAGCUGGAACCCAAAAGAUCCGUUUGCAGCCAGUAGAUUGUCUCACUACUCCAGAAGAUCACCUGGAAUACGCGCUGGCGUCCGAGAGGAGGAGGCUGAGACUAUACAAUGAAGAUGCCUUUACCAAAUUAAUGCAGGACAACCACCUGCUCAAAGGAGUAGCUAAUGGAAAAGAGAGCUCCCUGAUCUCAACAGAGAGAACUCGAGUGCAGAGCAUUGAGCUCGUCCUGCCGCCGCAUGCCAAUCACCAUGGCAACACUUUUGGUGGGCAAAUUAUGGCCUGGAUGGAGAACGCAGCCACUGUCGCAGCAAGCCGACUUUGUGGUACUUACCCAACACUGAAGUCUGUUGACAUGUUUAAAUUCAGAGGACCCUCCAGCGUUGGAGACCGGCUGGUGUUCAAAGCCAUAGUCAACAACACAUUUCAGAAAAGCAGUUUGGAGGUGGGGGUGCGCGUUGAAGCCUAUGACUGUGAGGAGUGGACUCGAGGGAAGGCCCGGCACAUAAACAGUGCUUUUUUUAUUUAUAAUGCCUCCAGUGACAAGGCCCAAACGCAGACAUUCCCCAGUGUCAAAUACACAUCAAAGGAUGGACAGAGGCGAUACCUGGCAGCGAUUGUCCGAAAGCGGAUUCGACUGGCUAGAAAGCAUAUCCUCUCUUCCAAAGAGGAAGGGCCACUCUCUGUUCCCUGGGACAAAAGUAACCAGGUGUAUCUGAGCUACAACAAUGUAGCUGCCCUCACAGUUUUGGCAGGCAAGCAUGGGUGGGAAGUAAACAGCUCCCAGCCGAAGAUUCGUGUUUACAUGAAUGAAGAGCUGGACACGUUGUCAGUGCAGGUGGAGAUGCACGUGAGGGUGUCGUCCAGUCAGGCUUUCUUUCUGCUUUCGGACCUCAGUCUCAGACCCUCCUGGGACAGACACUACUUGAGCUGUGAAGAAGUGCAGGUGGUAAACGAGGAUGAUAAACUCUAUCACAUUACAUGUCCGGCGAUCAACAAAGACAAGCCCAGAGACUUUGUUGUGCUGAUGUCUAGAAGACAGCCGUGCAAAGAAGGGGAUUCCUAUAUCAUAGCACUGAGGUCUGUGACUGUGGCUGCUGUGCCUCCCAAUCCAGAUUACACGAGAAGUGAAGUCAUGUGUGCAGGGUUCCUGAUUAGCGGUGCCAGCAGCGCCAUCUGUAAGGUCUCUUACUACAAUCAAGUGACAUCUGGGGUCUUGCCAUACAUCGCUGGAAACCUGGCUGGGUGGUCAAAAUCAAUGGAAGAAACCGCAGCAUCGUGUAUUGAGUUUCUGGAAAACGUUACGGAUCAAAAGAUUUGUGCAUUUUGAUUACACAGAUUUUAUUUUUUAUUUAUUUUUUUUUAAACAUGGACUUGUGAAAAACACUCAGCACAAACCGUCCCCUACAGCACAUCAAACUUGAAGUAUGUUUUUAUACCAGAUAUUACGGCUGUCUGUGGUAAUGUUUUCAUUAGUGUAUAAUUAGUGUAUAAGUAGUUUUUCUAAUUCCCACCUGUGCCAGAACAUGUAUAUAAA